AAGUGAAACAGUGUAGGCAACUUUUAGAUUUAACUUCUCUCAUUCUAGGGUGACUCAGAAACAUUUCACUAUUUAGAAGCACAUAAAUUAUCAACAGCUGAGAUUGUCAUAAUAAACAAAAACAAUGAUGCUAAAGAUAUUAAAGGGAUUGCUCACCAUCACAAAUCAUUGUCAAAAGAUGCCUAACAGAGGAUUCUUUUAUUGGUUAACUAUAAUAUUUAACAGGGUUGACCAAGAAAGAAUUCAAUCAGUUGGUCCAGAUCGUGCAUGUGCCGAAUGGCUAUUGAGAAAUGGUGCUAGUGUUAGAUGGAAAGGUUUUUCAAAACAUUUGUCAGAUUACAAUAGUUUACCAUCUGACGAAACUCGUUAUUAUAUUCAAGCUAUAGAUGCUACAGAUUCUGGAAUAACUCACGUUGGAUUUCCAUAUUUUGUUGGUUGCAGGUAUAUUGAUGAGAUAAAACUGAUACGCUGUUUUUACUUAUAUAAUGGUGCUCUGCCAUUAUUGUCAGCAGUGAAAGAUACUUUAACCACCCUUGAAAUCAAAGAUUGUAAGAGUAUUACUGACAAUGGAGUGCGUAGUUUGAAAAAAUUGACAAAUCUGAAGACUUUAAAGCUCGGUGGUAUGCCAUACUUGGAAGAUAAAAAUUUACUUAGGAAAGAACUUGCAGAAGCUCUGCCAGAUUGUAAAAUAGAAUUUAAUUAAAUUACGUAAAACAAUAAUUCAUUUUAAUAGUAUUUAUAAAAAGUAACAAAAAUAGUAUUUAAACUUAAUCUAACCUAACCUAAUCUAACAACACUAAUAAAAUCAUUUGCAAUAAAAUCGUUUAUACGUCUAUAAAAUAUUUAAAGAUUGU